AUGGCCAGUUCACCGGAUUUCACUAAGUUUCAGGAACAGGUGAUCUGCCCCAUCUGCUUAGAGAUUUUUCAGAACCCUGUCACCAUUGACUGUGGGCACAACUUCUGUCUCAAAUGCAUCACUGCGACAGUGGAUACAUCAGGCAGCUUACUCAAGUGUCCCCUCUGUAAGCACUCUGUGGGGAAGGACACACUGAAGACCAACUGGGUGUUGAUGAAUCUGGUGGAGAUGAUCCAAGAGAUGCGUCCCAGGGAGGAGCAGCCGGGAAGGGGAGAACGAAAGUGCCAGAAACACAAGGAGCAACUGCACUACUUCUGUGAGACUGACGGGAACUUUCUCUGUAUCGUGUGUCGGGAAUCCAAGGAACACAAACUUCACAAAGUCAUCUUGAUGGAAGAGGCUGCCCAAAAGUACCUGGAACUAGUUAAUUCCCAACUGGAGGUCUUGCAGCAAAAGCAGAAGGUGAUCAUGCAGGUGAAAACCCAAGGCAAACAGAAGAUCCACGACUUCAUGGCCCAGGUCGAACAGGAAAUGGGAAGAGUCACGGCAGAAUUCAAGCAACUGUUUCAGGUCCUCCAGGAGGAGGAGAAGGCUCUCCUGUCACGACUGGAGGAGCUUGGUCAAGAAGGAGACCAGGCAAGCCAGCUCUACAUCACUAGCAUUGAUGCACAACUGACAUUCCUCAAUCGGUUUGUCCAAUCUCUGGAAGCCAAGAAGCAAAUGGCCCCCAGUGACCUGCUGUGGGACAUCAGAUAUGACUUGAACAGGAGCCAAGGGUUUCAAUUUCUCUCCCCAACCCCGGUUCCUCUGGACUUGGAGAAAAAACUCGGUGAGGCCAAAUCAAGACACAACUCUGUCCUGGAAUCCAUGAAGAAAUGCAGAGCUCCUGUGACCUUUGACGCAACCUCAGCCCACCCGGACCUCAUCCUUUCUCAGGACCUGAAGACAGUGACGCUGAACGCUGUCUCUUCAGAAAACUCGGAGGCGCCCGACGACCCUGCGCGUUUCUAUCCUUUCCGUUGCGUAGUGGGCUCCCCAGGCCUUUCCAGAGGCUGCCAGGCCUGGGAGGCGGAGCUCCGCGGGCCCGGGGGCGGGGCGUGCGUUGUGGGCGUGGCUUCGGAGUUCGCCGCCCGCCGGGACUUCCUGACCUUGGAGCCCGCGGCCGGCUUCUGGGUGCUGCGCGUCUCGGGACGGCAGUGCCAGGCGCUGCUCGAGGGCGACACCCGGAAGGACCUGCGCGCCCGUCCGAGCCGAUUGGGCGUCUCUGUGGACCACGAGCGCGGCGAGGUGGCCUUCCACGACGCCGCCACGGCCGAGCACAUCUACACCUUCCACGCCUCCUUCCCGGGGCAGAUUUUCCCCUUCUUCCGCCUCCUCUUCCCCGGCACGCAGAUCACCCUGCGGCCCUGGAGUCGCCCCUGA